UUAUUUGUACUGGGUCUACCUUGGCGCUGGUGAGUCAACGUGUUGGCCACAUUGCGUUGCACUGAUGUUAUGCGUGCUGUGUGGACCCAGAUAUCUCCAACCACUCCACAGCAGCAGCAGCAGCAGCAUCCCGUCAGCAGCCCAGAAACUGUACCGUCGGGCGGGAACCCGCUAACGAAGCACCGCCCGGCUGAGCUAGCCCGCCCGGCGCAUGGACGGUCCAGCACAAUGGCAGAGGAUUUGGGGGUACCUCUGUCGUGUACCAACAACAGGUCGCAUGGAUAAUCCCUCGACAACCCUACCGUAUCAUCUCGUGUUUGGGAUGAUUAGAGCGCCGCUGUCGGCUUGAUGUGGCAGGAGAGCCGUGCGGGAGCGGGACUCGUCGUCCUGGCUGUCGAGUGAGAGGAAAACGGCGUGGAGCAGUUCCCACUCCACACAUGAUAGGGACUCUCCUGCCACAGGCACUGACCUCAAACUGGGAGCAGAUCCCCCGUCACAUGGAGGAAGGCUGCCCAAUGUUGAUGGUUAAUGUGGGUUAAACAGAAAAAGGAAACGGUGUCAAAACACAGGGAACUGGUUUUGGAAGUUCAGUCCAACAAAGUCAGACCAGCCACAGGGGGCCACAGCGAGGGAGUCCACAGCCGAGUUCAUGGGUGAAUAACGAUGGGUGUAGUGUGGCUGGGGGGCUCAGCAGGAUGGAAAUAGAUGCCCGUUUUCGCUACUAUUUCCAGCAUCCAUGGUCGCGCCUCAUCGUGGCCUACCUCGUCACCUUCUUUAACUUCCUCAUUUUUGCUGAGGACCCUGUCUCUCACAGCCAGACAGAAGCUCACAUGAUCGUGGUGGGCAACUGCUUCUCCUUCCUGUUCAACAAGUAUCCUGGCCUCGGAUGGAACAUCCUGAAAGUAAUGUGCUGGAUACUGGCCAUUAUCACUGGCCUGUUAGCCGGGAAGUUUAUAUUCCACCGCCAGCUCUUUGGUCGAUACCUGCGCCUGAAAAUGUUCCGUGAGGAUCAUGGCUCCUGGAUGACUAUGUUCUUCAGCACCAUCCUCUUCCUCUUCAUCUUCUCACACAUCUACAACCUUUUCCUGCUGAUGGCUGGAAGCAUGGAACCUCACAUGGUGACAGAAUACAUGGGCAUCAGGAAUGAGAGUUUUAUGAAGAUUGCUGCAGUGGGGACGUGGAUGGGAGACUUUGUCACUGCUUGGAUGGUGACAGAUAUGAUGCUCCAGGAUCAGCACUAUCCAGACUGGGGCAAAGCAGCCAGGAGAUUUUGGAAACAAGGCAACAACAGGAUUGUACUCUUCUGGACCGUGCUCAUCUCUCUUACGUCAGUGGUGGUUCUGGUCAUCAGUACCGAUUGGAUCAGCUGGGACAACCUAAACCGUGGCUUCCUGCCCAGCGAUGAGGUCUCCAGAGCCUUCCUGGCCUCCUUCAUCUUGGUCUUCGACCUUCUCAUUGUCAUGCAGGAUUGGGAGUUCCCUCACUUCAUGGGUGACCUGGAUAUGAAUCUACCAGGAAUGUCAACAACGCACGUGAAGGUCAAGCUUCCUGUCUGCAAGCGUAUCUUUAAAGAGGAGUACCACAUUCAUAUCACAGGUAAGUGGUUCAACUACGGAAUCAUCUUCCUCGUGCUCAUUUUGGACCUUAACAUGUGGAAGAACCAGAUCUUCUACAAGCCCUAUGAAUAUGGUCAGUACGUAGGGCCAGGUGAAAAGAUCUACACAGUGGAGGAACCAGAAACACUCAGGAACUUCAACCACAGUACGCUCACCUACGAGUGGCGCUCCACCAACAUCAACCCCGGCACCAACCAGAGCUACGUGGAGCGAGAUAUGUUCCUACACAGCCGCUACAUCGGAGCCAGCCUGGACGUCAAGUGCCUGGCCUUCAUCCCAAGUCUGGCAGCGUUCGUCCUCUUCGGGUUCUUCAUCUGGCUGUUUGGGCGAUUUCAGGACAGCGAGACCUUCACUGAAAAUCAAGACAAGACGUACGAGAGGAUAAAGAGGAAGUCGCCAUCGGAGUACAGCAAGGACAUGGGCGUGACGCCAGAAGAAAUGCACGUGACCAUGAGCGAUAGUUUAAAACGGUCAGGAACGCCCAUGCUUCUCUCAGUGGACGGGCCACAUUUUGGUGCAACGCCCUCCACAAACUCAACUAUUUCCAUGGAAACCCAAGAGACGCAUCCGAGCAUUGUGAUAGACAACAUAGUGCAGGAGGAACCAGCAGUCUCUUUCGAUGUCCACAAACUCUCUCCGUGACCUUAUGGACUUCUGAGACUUUAGAACUACAGACAGAUUGAAAAGGAGAGCCCUGGAAUGAUGGUGUAGUUCAUCAAGAUGUUGAAUUGUUGCUUUUCUUCGGAUAAGACCAAGAUGCAACAGAAAGAUGUUCAACACAUCUUGUCAUGAGACUCUAAAGAAGGACAAAGUGAUAUUCACCAAACUAAUGCAGUGGCUGUUGCAAUUGUAUUAAUAUAUUUUUCUAAACCAACCUUUUUACAAGCCCCAAAAACAGCACCAAUUCCAAUAACUAACACAUCUUUUAAAAAAGAAUGCAAACACUUAAUUGACAUGGUGCUCGCUCCAAUUUUGCAUUUUCAUAAUUCAAUUUUGUCACAGUAAACUAUUUUGGUGCCUAUAUCAGAGGAGCAUUUCUACAGUCGUGACUGUAUCACACCAGUGUUACAGCUACAGUAGUGCCUUGAUAUUUCAUAUGUUGAGAUACAGACAGAAACAUAUUCUGACAGUCUAUACUACUAUAGGCAACAAGAUGGAAGAUGUCCUGGUUAUAGUCUGCUAUGUUAAUGUUUUAUAUAUGCUUUCAUAUCAUACUGUAUGGACAAUUAUUACCUCAUUUGAUCGUCAGACUUAAUCAUUUUAAUUUAUUUUUGUGACGUCUUCUCUCACUCAAUUUUAAAUGUGUCAUCCUUGUUGAAAUGAUAUGAUUAUGAACAUCAAUAUAUGUUGAUGACCUAUUCAUAUCCCCUCAGCUGAUAUUAGUUGCAGAGAUAAUAAAUGCAAUCAGCAGAGAUCAAAUAGCAAACCAACGAGCCACCUCAUGAUUGCUUAUGCGGCUGCUGCACCUAGACUGAAUACCAACAGAGUCAGAAAGGUGGUUUUGCCCUUGGCAUAAACAUGCCAUUGAAGUGCAGGGGAGGCUUCUGCUCCAAAGCUCAGGGCUUCUUUAUGUCUAGAUAAACCUUGAAAGUUUUAGAAGCACUUUUGCAGUCAUGGUAAAUGCAUGAAAAAUAUUUAUUUGAAACAUUCUCCUACUGUAAAAAAAUAAAUAAAUAAAAAAAUCAUUGGUUUCAAACACAACUGCAACCUGCAACAUUUAUCUUUACACUGGCUUUGAAAGUGUUUACUUCCUCUGGUAUGCAGUUUCUUUAAAAUAUACAUAUUUUGGUCCAGAAAAAUGUAUCAUUGAAAUUAUUAUUACAUUACUAACUUCUUUCAUGUAAGUUUAUCAUGUAUAAAGGAGUACUAUUAGUGACCAAAGAUGCAAAAUAAUACAGUAUUUUCAACAAACUAUGCUGCAUAACAAAAUAUGCUAAUUUAAAAGGGGUAUACAUAUUCAUGACAGUCAGAGUAGAAUGAUAUUAUGUGCUCUUGCAUCACUCUGUGUUGUAAUACACAGUAAUGUACUAUAAUAUCCUGGAAAAUUAUUUCCCUAAAAAGAGGAAACUACUAAAAAUAACUGCAUCCUUAGCUCCCUAACAACCCAAUGCUGACAAAAUCUUGUUCAGCAUUUUCCACUUUCAGUGUAACCUGCUUUGUUGCUUACAUUCUCCCACAAAAGAUACAGUAGUGCUCCUCCACACAGGAAUUUGGAGCCUGGAGUGUGCCACCAGAACAGUACUACAGACUUGUGCAGCACUUAAUUUUAAUUUUUAAAGAAAUAUUUUAAAUCAUUAAAUUUAAUUACAUUCACACAUUUAUAUACUCAAUAAUGAAGCUUAAUUUAAUUUAAUUUUUCUGUUAAUGAUUCAAUGUUCUUAUUCUGUCUUUGAAAGAUAAAUUAGCUAAAAAUGGAAUUGCAACAUUAAUUGAGAAGAGGCUUUUAAAUGUGAUUUUUUGAUAUUGGAGUUGCUUAUGUGUUGGCCAGUCAUUUCCCAUCUAACAAUUAAUUUGUUUGCUGCUCCACUAUUUACGGUUUUCAUUUAAUGAACAAUUUAUUUUAAUGUGUCUUCACAUUUAGACACAUCUCAUCCCUGCAUACACAUGACAUUGAGACACAAAAGGGAAACUGUAAAUGUGUAAAUAUUGCUCUUUUUAGUUUAUAAAUCCACCAUUAAAAUUUAGCUUUUGUAAUGUAUUAAUUUAUUAAUUGAUCAUUGUUAAACACUGUUACUCUAUAAUUAUUCUGGCGGCACACUCCACACUCCAUACGCUGAUGCUUUGUGCGUGCGUGUAUUUGGCUGUUUAUGUACAAUGUUGGGGGCAGAGGCAUCCAUCUGUGUAUGUAAAGGAUGUUUUAUACUUAACUGUGCAUGUUGUGUGUGUGUGUGUGUGUCUGUGUGCAUGUGUGCACUGGAGGCUUGUGAAGUGUUUACUACACUUGUUUUAGACAAAGGCCAUUCUGUGAAGAGGUCAGUUUAUUUAGCAUAAUUGGUUUCCAGCUCUCAGUUCUGUAAUUAUCCUUUUAUACAUUACAGCUCUAUGAAGACAUUAGAUAUUAGUGUUUCACCAAAGGGCAGAACCUCUUUGGACUUGAAGGGCGUUCAGUAUGUUUGUAAUGUACUGUGUUUAGUUUAAAAGUGAGGCGUUUCCCCUUUGUCGCUCAUGCUAUUUUCAUUGUGUUGCGAAAUUGACACCUCCUUCAGUUCCUGUGUAUUGUACUGAACAUCUGUUAAACUUUGUCUUACCAAUAAAUUAAUACAUUUGUUAUA